CGUCGCCAGGGAGACCGAGCAACAGGCCCGGCCCGCGCCGGAGUCAGUCUCUGCCCGGGGGCCGUGUCCGAGGACUCUGCCCCGGCAUCUGCCUUCGUCCGGAAUCUCUUUCCCCGGUCCGUAUCCGUCCGGGAGCUCUGUCCGGGGCUCAGUGUCCGUCCCGGGUCCGUGUCCAGCUGGGGGCUCUGCCCGGGGUCUCUCUCCGGGGUCAGUGUCCAGCUGAGGCCUCUGGCCCGAGUCCGUGGCCGUCCUGCGGCUGUGUCCGAGAGCUCCACGACACGUGCUGGUGGCACAUUUAAACUUCGGAGAGUGUAAGAGCACACCUUGGCACAAGCGGCAGCGGUGUGGUGAGGAUUGCUGGAAAAAUUCAUGUUGCUUGAAUGGCAAGCCAGGUUUAUGUUAAGACAUGGUGACUGACUUUGAUGAAAAACAUGACGAAUAUUUAAUAUCCCUUCAGCAGAGAAACCGGCUGCAGGAGCGGUUAAAAAGAAAAGAUCCCGUGCAAAUCAGACUGGAGCAGCUGGAAAAAGGAUUUUCUCUGUAUGUGAAUGGAGCUAACUCCGAGCUGAGAAAGUACCCCAGGAAAAUCAUCCCACACAGCUGCCUGAGAAACAGGCCCAGAGCCAGCAGGACAAAGGAAGGAGCCCAGCUAGAAGAGAGUGGGCUGCCAGAACACAGCUCUCAGACUGCCCCAAGCAAGACACAACGCAGGAAUUGGCUUCAGAAAACUGUGGCAAUUAAAACAGAAGGAGGGGGUAAACUCUACAUUAAACCAUCUCUGCAGUACUCUGAAGAUUUUGAACCUUAUGAAAGCUUGAGUGUGGAGAGCAGCAGUGAUGAUGAUGAUGGUCCUCUCUCCCAGCAGGAAUUGAGAAGCAGCUUGCAGCAGGGUGUAGAAGAGGAGAGGAUGGAAGAAGACUCCCUUAGUGAUGAUUAUGACUCUAUUGAAGAAGAUGUGUUUUCAGAACCAUCUCCCACUGAGGAACCAAUUACAGGCUUUGAAGGCCUUCAGCUGGAUAGCAGUGGGGCACUGCAGAAGGAAGGUUCUGAACAUCAGGAUGCUGGGAGAUGCUCUGGCCUUGAUUCUCGUGCCCCAACUGUACUGGAGUUCAACCAGGAUCAAAGCAAAGCGAAGCCAGUGCAAGUUCUCUCAGCCAAAAGAAAGGACAGUGCUGAAGUGUACAUUCCUGUCAAACCAGUCAUGCUGAAAAAUAAAGGCACUCGGCCACUCUCUGCUGAGUUCUUGCACCAGGACAGACAUGAAACAAUGUAUUCUAAGCCCUUAAGUCGACCAGAAACAUCCCUUUCAGUAACCAGGAAAAGUGUGUGUGAGAAGGAUCCUGAAUUCUCUGUUUCAGCUGUUGUUCAAGCAGUGCAGAUUGAGAAUGAAUUCUUGCAGGGAGAUCUGCAAAGGCAAGCAGAUACCACAAACCCCCAAAAGGAGACAUUUUCUGUUUCAUCUAUUCUUUCUGCAAAGACUGAACCUCCAGAAAAACGCCAGACGAGGACUACAGUCACCAGAGCUGUGGAGAGAUUCUGCCCUUUUGGAAGCAGACAAAAGAAGAGACUCCUGAAAGCCUUUGUGGAGCGUGGGAGCCAUUCUGCCUGUGACAGUGACAGAUCCCUGGCUGGUGGCAAAGCUGGAGUAAAUUCCAUGUGGAGAGAGAAGGUGACAGCCAGUGUGGAAGUACAUGAUGCCAUUUAUGUGACUAUGGAACUUCUUUCCAACUGGGGGGAUCCAGCAAACGUGGGCCUGAGCCAGGUGGAAUUCUUUGAUUUCCACAACGAGAGGAUCUUUGUGUCUCCUCAUGACGUGGACAUAAGAAAUGCUGACAGCCCAGGGGAUUUGUGCUGCCUGGUCAAUAAGAACUUAAAUCUCCCCAAGGAAAGCUGCCUUUGGAUGUGCCCUUUCCACCCACCCGUCCAACUUUACUUUGUUAUCCGCAAUCCCACCCGCUCACGUGACUUUGGUAUAUCCAAGAUCAAGAUCUGGAAUUACAACACAACAACUCCCAGUAACCUUGACGUUGGAGCAAAGAAGGUGAAGUUGUAUGUUGAUGAGAACCUUGUAUUUGAUGGUGAAUUAGAGAGAGGCUCUGGAGACCUCCUUGCUGACCAGGGCACCACAAUUGACCUUACAGAUCACAAGCAAGAUAGCUCAGCCUCUCCCUCAGCUGAGAGGAAAGAAGGAAAUGCACCUGCAGGCCCAGACAAGAAAACAGACCUGCUUUUUAAAUGCUCAGAAUCAAACAGUGCUUCACUGAACUGGACAGCUCUGCCAGAAGAAAAUCAUCUUGAGCCUAAGAUUAACUCAAUCAGCUUUACAAAGAAAAAUUUGUCUCAGUUAGAGGAUGAUCUAAAAGUGUUCCCAUCUCAAGUUUGUAUAAAAGAUGCCAAAGAGGAGGCAGCAGCAGUUCCAGAGAAUGUUCAGUCUGAUGAUGAGCUUUGUUUGAGUGACCAAAUGGAAAAGUUAACAGGAAGAAAACUGACUGAUUCUGCAGGUGCAAUUCCUUCUUGGUUACAGUCAUCUUCCCAGGUAACACAGAAUAACCAAGUCACUCCCAGUAGGCAGAAGCCUCCGUGGCUUGCUACAGAACAGAAUUUCAACUCAAGAUUUCAAACACAGCCAGAUGAAAUAAUGAAAAACUUCUCAGAUCUGAUAAAUGAGGAUGUCAAAUGUCAGAGGCAUGAACUGGGAGGAUCCAGUGGUAGAAAUGCAACUGGAGAUGGGAGAUCACAAACGUUGACCAGAAAGGAUGCUGAUGUGGACUUGGACAUUUUUGACCACAUUUCUAACAAAAGCUGCUGCAGUUUACAGUACCCUACAGGUGGAAGGAGAAGUGUAAUGUGUGGUAAAAAGCUGGGAUUAAACACUACAAAUCACGGAGAAGAUGAUUCUGCUCUCAAAGAUGAAAGUUUUCCCAUCAAGGAUGUAGCAACCUCUAGAAUGAAGUGGUGCAAUGAGCAAGAACACACUCUGCAGGAGUCCUGGAACUCCUUGGUGAAAUUUAAUUAUUCCCACCGUGGUCGGAUCUCGAACAUGGAUUUUCAAGGGGAUAUUUUUGAUGAGUUUCUCCAUCAGCAGAAAAUCAACCGGCCUGGAGAACAUCAGAGAAAAGAAGGACUACAAACACUACCAAAGAAGCAAGAGGAAGAAAAUUCGGUGGAUAUACAGGAUGGAAGUGAUUUUAAAAUCCCUGUUUUACCUUAUGGGCAGCACUUGGUGAUAGACAUCCGAACCACAUGGGGAGACAGACAUUAUGUUGGUCUGAAUGGAAUUGAAGUUUUCAGUUCUAAAGGAGAGCCUGUUCAGAUUGCAAAAAUAACAGCUGAACCCCCUGACAUAAAUAUUUUACCAGCUUAUGGAAAUGAUCCCAGGAUAGUAACCAACCUAAUAGAUGGGGUGAAUCGGACCCAGGAUGAUAUGCACCUCUGGCUGGCACCAUUCACCCCUGGAAAACCUCACUUUGUCUUUAUUGACUUUGUGAAUUCCUGUCAGGUAGCCAUGAUCAGGAUAUGGAAUUACAAUAAAUCCCGAAUCCACUCCUUCCGAGGUGUGAAAGACAUUAUCAUGGUGCUGGAUGAGCAGUGCAUCUUCAAAGGAGAGAUUGCCAAAGCCUCAGGAACCUUGUCUGGAGCUCCAGAGCACUUUGGGGAUACCAUAUUGUUCACUACUGAUGAUGAUAUUCUUGAAGCCAUUUACUACUAUGAUGAGACAUAUGAUGGAGAAAUGGGAGAUUCCAGCUCCCUGAGAUAUGAGGAAGAGCUGAAGAGGCCAACAACUGCAGACAGGGAGGGAGAUGAGAGACCUUUUACACAAGCAGGGUUGAGAACAGAGAACCAACAGGACAGCCUGCAUGGGGAGGCAGAGGGGAGAUUGAUAUACAAAAAGAAACAGGUUCAAGAGCCAGACUCUGCCUCUGAAUGCAUACCAAAAGAAACAGGAAUAUUUACUGGAAAAUGCCUGCAACUGAACUUUACCAUGACCUGGGGAGACACUCAUUACCUGGGACUGACAGGACUUGAAGUGAUAGGAAAGGAUGGUCAAGCAUUAAAAAUCAAUGCAGAACAGAUUUCUGCUUCACCCCAAGACUUAAAUGAUCUUCCAGAGUACACAGGAGAUUCCAGAACAUUAGAAAAGUUAAUAGAUGGGACUAAUAUCACAGUGGAGGAUGACCAUAUGUGGCUCAUUCCCUUCUCUUUUGGAGAAGAUCAUCUGCUCACAAUCCAUUUUGAUAAAACUGAAAGUAUUGCAGGGCUUCGCUUUUGGAACUAUAAUAAAUCUCCAGAGGAUACCUACAGAGGGGCCAAGGUGGUCCACGUGGUGCUGGAUGGGCACAGCAUCUCCCCCCUGGAGGGCUUCCUUAUCCGCAAGGGACCAGGCAACUGCCACUUUGACUUUGCUCAAGAAAUUCUGUUUCUUGACUAUCUACAGCCCCAGCCAUCUCCUAAAAUACACAGGAGGAAUGCUUCAAGGACACUGGAACAAGCCAGUAUGGACUAUGAAGCACCAUUAAUGCCCUGUGGUUUUAUUUUCCAGUUCCAGCUCCUGACAAGUUGGGGUGAUCCCUACUACAUUGGUUUGAAUGGGCUGCAGUUGUUCAAUGAGCAUGGAGAGCAAAUCUUACUGACUGAAAACAAUAUUGCUGCUUUUCCAGAUAGUGUCAACAUUUUGGAUGAUGUAUCUGGAGACAUCCGGACUCCAGACAAACUGAUUGACAGAGUGAAUGACACCACUGAUGGCAGGCACAUGUGGCUGGCACCAGUUCUUCCUGGUUUGGUGAAUAGGGUGUAUGUCAUUUUUGAUGUACCUACUACUGUGUCAAUGAUCAAGUUAUGGAAUUAUGCCAAGACACCUCAGAGAGGUGUGAAGGAGUUUGGUCUUCUGGUUGACGAUUUGCUGGUGUACAAUGGGAUUUUGGACAUGGUGAGCCAUGUGGUGUCAGGCAUCCUCCCCACGUGUGACCCCGUGGUGCCCUACCACACCAUCCUCUUCACAGAUGACGAGAGGAUUUGCCACCAGGAGAGGAGAACUGUUAUCAGCAAUCAUGUGGGGGAUCAGGAUGUACGAAUGAUGAAUGAAAAUGAGAUUGUCACCAGCAGCAAAAAGAAACAAGUUGUGGCUGAUCCGGCUCUGCGCCCCAAAACCUGCAUCUAUGAGAAAGGACUGCAGAGGAGGAAGAGAUAACAAGGAAAGUCCUGAAUGCAUCCAGCCCUAAGUAACUGCACUCCAGAGCUCCAAAAUAUUCAUAUCCAAAUGGAAGAUUUUCUAUGUCUGCUGCUGCUGAACCACCUCCUCUUGUGAGAGGCAGUUUUAUUUGCUACAGGAAUUUUUUUUCAGAAUGAAAUCUGAAGCAUGAAUUCAGUUUCCUGGGGCUUUUUUUUUGGUCAUGAUCUGUCUGAAUUUUCCCCCUUAUCUCUUAAUUGAAAACCAGGGAAGAAGGAACAUAAAAGAGCGAGUGAGAACCUUUCUGCUGACAACUGUUCUGCCAAGUACUGAGAACUUGGGUUAAGCAGGAUUGUCCACCGGUUUUUUAGAUUAUUUCUAAAGCUUUCAUUCCUAAAUCCUAGCUUGAUGAUCUCGAAGAUCCUCACUGGAAGGAGGUGUUGCUUUAUUUCUGAUGCCUGUAAAUAGUUCUCAGGGAAAUGCACUUAUUAGAGGAAAUACUGUUUAGCUGUCUGUCUCUGGGCAUGUUUUGGUGCCAGGGCUGUCUGUAGGAGCUGCCACUGUUUCUGACACCUAGACAGGUUCCACUGGGCUUGCAGAAAUGUGAUGGAUGCUUUUAGGAAGUGGAGAUCAGGAAGUGGCUUUAUCAAGGUUUAAUAAGUGCAUUUCAGCUGUCACCUUUUCAUGUUUUGCAGUGAAAUAAUUAUUUCUUUCAUCAUUUCACUACCACGGAAAAAGCAAGUGAGAUGUUUUGCCUGGAGUGCCAUUGACAGGCACUCUGUACAUGCUUCAGAGUUCUCCUGCUGCAGAGCAAUGUUUUUUCCUCCUAUUUUGCCUGAAUUUAUAUGAACAAGGGGGCCAUGCCUCUGUGCUGCACUAACCAGAUGUUGCCAGCAACAGAUCAUCACUUCUGAGAAAUGGUAAAUGCCUUUUAAUUAGCUGGAGGUAAGGAGAGAAGUGCAUUUUUAAAAAAGAAUACCCUGCACAUGUAGUUGUUUAAAUAAAAACUCUAAUCAAGUGAAUAUGCUGCAGGAUUUGCUAUGCAAAUGUACUUUUCCCUGAAAACUUGGUGUUUGUGACAACCUGUAAAUCUCUUCCAUGGAUUCUCAUUUAGAACUUGCUCAUUCUUGUGAAUCUGUGAUUGUUUCCAGAGAGAACUGAAUGCUGAAGUCAGGAUGUGCUUUUACACAUAAACCAGAGAUAGUGGUGCAGCUCAGUUUAGAACCAAACUGUGCUGCUUCCCUUUCUGCCCCGUCAGGAAUGUAAUAUCUUGUAUAUUUGAUUUUUAAUACUUCACUGCUGUUGCCUGAGCUGAAAGGACACAAGAUAAUGCAUUUCCCAGGUUUCGGUGUACUGAUGGAGCAAAAGAAUUUAUUUUGUACUAAAUACAAACUACUUUGCUUUUAAAUGUAAAAAAGUGUGUGAGUACAUUGUAUUUUGUUUAAAUGCUCUUCGCAAGCUGCACUGACUAAAGAACCCUCUUGCUCUGA